CGGCACAAUGAGAUUUCUUUGUUCCACAAAUGAGGAUAAGUGCACUCUCUAGGACCAUAUACGUGUAGCUGCUGGUCAAAAUUGGAUCCUGAGGCAAACAAACAGUGGAUUUUCUAAUUUUCUUCAAAGUAAUGUCGACCGGAGCGAUGGGAUGGCAAGUGCUGUUGUUUUUUUCGCUGCUCUCUCUCAGUGUAGUGCACGGGCAGGUCAGCUAUUCCAUUCCCGAGGAAAUGGCAAAGGGGGCUCUAAUUGGCAAUAUAGCCCAAGAUUUAGGUUUAGGGGUGGAAAGACUGAAGUCCGGUAAAGCUCGUAUUUAUACUGGUAACACUGAGGAAUAUAUUGAGCUGAAGAGAGACAGAGGAGUCCUCCUUAUUAAAGACAGAAUAGACAGGGAGUCUCUAUGCGGUCAAACAAUGCCUUGCGCACUCCAUUUUCAAAUGAUCCUGGAAAACCCAAUGGAGUUUUACACUGUUACUGUCGAAAUUACCGAUAUAAACGACAACCCUCCUACAUUUGAAAGAGGACAGAUGAAAUUUGAAAUUAGUGAGUCAGCUCUUACUGGAGCUCGAUUUGUCUUAGAGAAAGCAGUAGACAAUGACGUUGGUAUAAACGGCCUGAGCAGCUACUCCCUGAAACCCAGCGAUAAUUUCGUUUUGAAAACCGUCAGCAGAGGAGAUGGGACUAAACAUGUCGAGAUGGUUUUACAGAAACCAUUAGAUCGAGAAAAAGAUGAGCAUAUGUUAUUAAUACUGACCGCUCUUGAUGGGGGUGAACCACAGCUUUCGGGGACAAUGCAGAUUAUCAUUACUGUGUUAGACGUCAACGACAAUGCCCCCGUUUGUUCAAAACAGGAAUACAAAGCAAGUGUUACAGAGGACGCUCCUAUUGGCACGUUAAUAACUACCGUGAAGGCUACAGACAUUGAUCAAGGAAAUAACGGAAUAGUAACAUAUAUGAUAUCAAAAUCUGGAGCAGCUGGUCUCUUUAAAAUUGAUUCGAAUACUGGAGUGUUGACCUUAACUGGAAAUGUAGAUUAUGAAAAACGGAAACUUUACGAGCUAGAUGUCCAAGUGUCCGAUCAGGGGGGAUUAUCCGACGCCUGCAAAGUAAUUGUGGACGUGACAGAUACAAAUGACAACCCUCCGUCCAUUAACAUCAUGUCUAAGUCAAACACAGUAUCUGAGAACAUGAAACCGGGUACAGUUGUAACAAUCCUUAAUAUACAAGAUCCAGACUCAAACGAAAACGGCAAAGUCAUGUGUGUUUUAAACGAAAAUAUUCCAUUUGCCAUUAAAUCAACGACGAAUAACUUUUUUACCGUAGUAACCGACAGUGUGUUAGAUAGGGAGGCCUCUCCACAAUACAAUAUAACGGUCACGUGCUCUGAUGAGGGCGUGCCCUCCCUCUCCAGCAGCGUCACUCUCACCUUACAGAUCUCUGAUGUGAAUGAUAACGCGCCUGUCUUUGAGAAGAGCUCAUAUGAGGCCUACAUUGUAGAAAACAACACACCAGGCCUCUCUAUAUUCACAGUGAAAGCCAGAGACGCUGACUGGAACCAGAAUGCUCGUGUUUCUUACAUACUGGAGGACUCCUCUGUUAACGGAGUGCCAGUCUCCUCAUAUGUG